AAGGUCCAACAAACCAAACUAUCAUCAAGAAAGAAAGAAGACAUCGGUACAACUCUACAACAUCGUCCGAACUCCAGAAUUCUAUCUCAGAACAACUUCUAACAACUUUAAUGAUGGGUGCAGCGUUCUACAACUUUCUUUCUACUCUCUCAACAAAAUUAUAUGUGAUGAAGACAGUGGCGGUGUUUCUCCUGCUGCUACACGGGACCAGUGCCGGGCCCGUCCCGACCGUUUCGGACUCGCAGGCCGCGGUUGAAGCGCUGACGAACGCCCGAGCUCUAACCCUGAGACUACACGGGAAAGCUGAGACCGCCUACGACGCAUUCAUCCAGGAAGAAUUCAGCGGUGACUCUGGCUACUGUGCGGAACAAAUCAUAUGGGAAGAACUCAUCAACACCAGAAUGACUACAAUGGAGUGGAGACAACUGGGGGAUGAAGAGCGCCUCCAGCGACUUCGUCGUGACCUGCAGGUGUUCGGACUGUACCUUGAGGAGGUGAGGUUGGACGAGCUUGAUAAGGACGGCCACACAGACACGGCUGAGGCGGUGGGAGAUGCGAUAGACCAGCUGAACGGGCUCAUGACAAGUAUAGCUAUCACGAACAAUGUAUUGGGAUUUAGGUCUCCCGCCGACGUUCCAGAGAUCACCACACUACGAGACCCUCCCAGCGAGUACGCCCGGUCCAUCCGGGACUGUGUGGUACUGAGAGACUUCAAGAACCUGGUCUACAGAGUCCACAGGGACUUCACCGUCCUGCUGUCCAAGUACCGCAGCUAAGUCCUCCAAAUCUCGCGAGAAUCCACGUGAUGUCACGUGACUACAUGACGUAUGCUUCACAAGCAUUAGAACAUAUCUCUCUCAUUGACAUGAAUCCUGUUUUAAAGGGUUCAGAGUAUGUUGGCUCUUAUUGCGAGCUCUUCUUAUUAUAACCAUAUAUUAUAUUUAAACUGUGCCAAAACCUGUAACUACUGACUGAAUUCUGAUAGAUAGAUAUGUACUGUCACGACUCAAAGAUUUAGGUGUUCCAACUUAGGUGCUGCAUUUAGUAGCUUUGACAAUUAUGACUUGAAAUUGACUUGAAUAUUUUGUUUAGUUGAUUGUGAAUAGUUUACACACAAUAGUAUCCUUGAUGCAAGGUGAAAAAAGUGUAUAAGUUAUAUAAAAGCAUAGAACAACGUAGAAUUUAAGUUAUUGUUGCUGUUUAGAAACCUAGUGGAUAGACUUAGAUUAAUGGAAAAUGUAGGAAAUUUUAGUCAUAUGCUGCUCUUUUUAUCUAUUAUUUAUUUAUUGUUAUAGUGUUACAGUUCAUACACCUCAUAGAUUUACAUGUGUAAUAUUUAUUAACGAUAUGUUAGUCUGUAUGAAAAUUGAUGUUUAUGAAAAGGCUGCUAAAAUUUUACCAUGUUAUUUAUUGUAAAAAAGGGGUGUUAUUUAUUUAUUAUUAUUUAAACGUUAG